CAAAUAUACUUACACAUAUAUAAUAUUAUUAUAAGCUACCUAGUUCCGGAACUAUCGGAUCCCCUUGGAUGCUCGGAAGGACUUGGGCAACACUUCUACGUGGUACCAAUUCAAUUGUGCAACAACAUACUCGCUCGGUAAUGUCGAAGACAGCUUUGGUUAUUUUGGCCAAUGGGGCCGAGGAAAUGGAAUUUGUUAUUGCAGCUGACACCUUGCGAAGAGCAGGAAUAGCUGUCACAGUUGCUGGUUUGGCUGGCAGCGAGCCGGUGAAGUGUUCCAGGGACGUCGUUAUUGUGCCAGAUACUUCUUUGGAAAGUGUCAAGGCAACUAAAUUCGAUGUUGUAAUUUUACCAGGUGGUUUGGGUGGAUCCAAGGCCUUGGCUGCCUCUGCGAUGGUUGGCGAGAUUUUGAAACAACAGGAAAAAGAAAAUAGGAUUGUUGCGGCCAUUUGCGCCGCUCCGACGGCUCUGGCAGCUUUUGAUAUUGGAAAGGGGAAAUCGUUAACGUCAUAUCCAUCUUUCAAGUCACAAUUGGAAUCCCAUUACAAGUAUAUUGAUGAUCAGAAAGUUAUACAGGACGGAAACCUAAUCACUAGUCGUGGUCCAGGAACUGCUUUUGAUUUUGGUCUCAAAAUAGCUGAAGUCCUAGCCGGACCAGAAAAGGCAGCCGAAGUCGCCAAGGGAAUGCUACUUUAGGACAACAUGCUGUGACGCCUUCAAAUCUUUAAUUUAUUGUCAUGUGAAGUAUAUACAAUAAAUAUAUAUUAUUUUUUGUAAUCCCACAA